ACGUGCGCGCUGCUAGCGCUUCCCUCUGCAUCCAGAACGGGGAGGGGAGAUGGCAGCGCAGGGACGGGGAGGCUGUCAUUUUAUUCCUGUUUCGGUUUGACUUGGGAAAAGUUGUGUCAGCUUUUAUUAAAGAGUGCCAUAAAGACGAGUCAACUUUCUCGCUAUUAAGUUGUCAGUCUAAUAAAGUUAGUUUACUUGAACAGCUCCAAUUUGUUGACUCCAGAAGAAGCAGGGGAACGACGCCGCGGUGCUGACGCGCUCCGGGGCCUCGAACGCCCGCCACUCGCUCGCUCACUCGCACGCCGCGGCUAUGCGGGCCAGCCCCUGACCUGGCGCAGGUGAAACGCAGGCCCCUGACCUGGCGCAGGUGAAACGCAGGGCUCAUGUGGGCGUCCUGUUGUAGCUGGCUGUGUGUGGACUUGGGCGGGGGGGAGGACAGCAGCGGGCAGCGCCAGGCCUACUCAAACUCCGGGUUCCGCAGCUCCCCCUCGCCCCCCGCCCCCGAACUCGCCUGCAAGGCCUGCGGGGGGCGCUUCAAUUCGCUGGCCCGGAAGCAUGUCUGCGUGGACUGCAGGAAGAACUUCUGUGGGCGGUGCUCUGCGGAACUGGAGCUCCACCCCCGCCUGUGUCACACGUGCCAGCGUUUCCACGGCACCCUGUUCCAGAGGGCGGAGCUUAUGAAGCUGAAGGUGAAGGACCUGCGGGACUACCUGCACCUGCACGAGGUGCCCACGCACACCUGCCGCGAGAAGGAGGAGCUCGUGGAGCUGGUGCUGAACCAGCACACGCCCGGCGAGGAGGUGCCCCGCCCGGCCACGCCCACAGACCCGCCCCAAACCACGCCCCAGCCUCCCCCACCGCCUGCGGAGCCCACCUCUCCACCGCCCACCCUUGACGAGGACCAGGGUCCGGCUGUGCAGGAGGACACACCUGACACAGAGACGGACCCCCAGGGCCCGGAGGAGCAGGAGACCGAGUCCCAGUCCUCAGACGUGGAGGAGACCGCGCCCCCCGGCCGCCGAGCCUCACUCUCUGACCUGUCCUGCGUGGAGGACAUCGACGGCCUGAGCGUGCGGCAGCUGAAGGAGCUCCUCGCCCGAAACUUCGUCGACUACAAGGGCUGCUGCGAGAAGUGGGAGCUGAUGGAGCGCGUGACGCGCCUCUACAACGACCAGAGAGACCUGCAGGAGCUGCUUUCAGACGCAGUGACAGGCACAGACUCUAGCGCCCCCUCUGGCCUGGAGGAGAACCUGUGUAAGAUCUGCAUGGACCGCCUCCUGCUUGCUGCUGGAGUGCUCAUGGUCACCUGCCCAAGUGCGGAAGCGCAUGGCGUGUCCCCAUCUGCAGGCAGGAACGUGGUGCGGCGCCUCACGUCUUGA